AUGGUCUUCGGCCGACGCAAGAGAAGUGCCUCUGCCCAUCACCAACCACUCUCUCCGCCCGCGUCGCAAUCCGCCCAGUCCGCCGCCAGCCAUGCCUUCCUAAGAUCACAACCGUCGACGAGCAGUCUGUCCUCUGCGGCAGCUGCCGCUGCGCUACGCAGCUCCACGCCCACCCCGACGUCCAUCGGAAAUGUCGAGACGAAACGCAUGGUCCAGCGGCGUGCCUCGACCCAGUCGCAGAUUAAUCCUGUUGGCGGUCGUCGCUCGGCAAGCGUGAGUGGGACGCUGCGCCGCUCGAGCAGUAACAGCUCGAUGACGGCACGAACCUUCCGCGAAAAGUCUCCCCAUCGCCCAGCUACAAGCUCUGGACCAGUCAAUGUGCCCCCGUUGCCUAAUCUCCCGACACAGUAUGCACCGCGGAAACUCCCCAAUGGGCGAGCAAUGAGCAUGGGGCCAUCGAUGCGGUCACCCCCAGCAUCUCCGCCGCGGUCCGGAAGGCUAAAUCGGGACCAUGGAAGAGGCUCGCCCAUCCACAUUGAUACACACCAACGUGUGACAAGUCUUGGGACGGUGCCAGAGUUGGAACGAUCAGCGAGUCGCAUUUCGGCGAAUUUCUCGUAUCCCAAUCUUUCACGGCCGACUUCCCCUACCAAGGAACCGGAGAAUGAACCAUCGAAUCUCGCCGGUGUGCUCCAAAAGUCUUCCUUCGAAGAGCCGGAGCGGACUCCCGAAAAGGAAUCUAGGGCUCGGACCUCUGGCAGUGUGGAAGGAAGCCCGGUUGCGAAUAAGGUCCGGGGUCCCUUGGCUGCUUCUGCUGCUGCCCAAGCCCUUAACACGCAAAAGGGUAUUCCCCAGGCAAAGACUCGUGCCGACCAAGUACAAGUUAAACUUGCCGAGGAUGACCUGGACCAAUUUACCGACAAUGUAGGGCCUAUUGCGACCACCAUACCAGAGAGUGAGCAUCCGACCUCGCGAAUUCUUCCUGAGCGGUGGGCGUCAACAGUCCCAGAGGAGACAGAGCCUAUAGACGAAGCCGUUGAUACUCAUAUCAGGGAAGGGAGAAAUCGCAUGACGAGUGCAUCACCAACAGCCGAUCACUUGGAAGCAGUGCCAGAGCAAACCGGACAAUCCCCGCACAUACGCCAGUCGAACAGCCCGGGUCGUGCUCGUUUCUCUCAAUUACUGUCCGUGGCUGAUGAGGGGAAUCAAAUCCAUCAGCCCCCUCCUCGAUCAGUGUCUCCCUUCAAGUCCGCCUUAAAACACCCACGAGGUAGUUCUCUAUCACCAGAAAGGAAUUAUAGUACAACAGGUCGAGCUCUCGCAUCUAGCGAGUUGUCAGAUGGCGGUACCUCGGUGGCAUCAGACGAAGGAUUCCGCAUUGGUGCUAAAAAGAAGACUGCCAAGGUUAGCUUCGAUGAUGAAGCUGAAAUUGUAGGGGUGGCAGCUAGCCCUCCUACCUCGCCAGAGGAGUAUGCACCUGAUUCACCACCCGGCGGCAAAGCCAAGGCUCGUAUGAGUUUCUUUGGCAAGAAGAAGUCACCAUCUGACCCUGUUAUGCAUGACGAUGGCUUCAAUGCGGUCAUCAAACCUCGACAAGCUCUUCCAUCGUUUGGUAGCGUUAGAGGCAACCGAAAGGGUGGUCUCCAGAGAUCGCCCAUUCCAGAUUUCAGCGAUAACGAAUCCAGUUCCUCCUCUGAAAACGAGGUUGCAACUCAGCCGAGGGUUGCAUUAUCAAACGAUCAUGCAAUCGCAGGCAUGCUCUCCAAAACUCAAGAUCAUGGUUACUUUAAGCCUCGCGAUGUUAGUACUCUGGAGCAAAUGUCCGUCAAUGGUGCUACCAACUUGGGGGCGGACAGGGGGUCGAAAGUCAUUGGUAUCACUGAGCAAAAGCCGUAUACCGGUGUGAGCGCUGAACUUUCUGUGCCUGCGAUUGCUGUUGAACCAGCUACCCCCCUCUAG